GGCGGUGGCGUUUUUGGCAGCCCACUGACGGAGCUCUGACACCACUGAUGGAUUGAAUGAGUGUACCGCGUGUUGGCAGUGGUAACUAACAACAGAACGUGAACUAACAACAAAGGUAGAUGGCGAGGACGGGACGUGCCGCAUAAACGCCAAAGGCCCCGACUGUCAACACGAAGAGUUACGUUAGCCGAAGCGAUUUUCUGCUAUAAGCUAGCACCAAAGACUCUGCUAGCACCUUCUCAAGCUAGCCAGUAGGUAAGGUUAGCCGGGUAGCUAAUGUUAGCUGGCAGGGUUAUUUUUAGUGGACCUGUCUGCCAUCAGUAGGAAAAUCGUCAGGCGAUUAGUAUUGGCAACUUAAUCCGAGAGGCUUUUGUGUAUCCUAUGAUCUCGCAACGCUAGUUGUCUGUUCCAAAAUGUCCACGACUUCGUUGGAUAAAGAAUUACAGGAGCGAUUGAGAGAGGCGUCUGCCAUCGGGGACAUCGACGAAGUGCGGACACUGGUGGAGAGCGGGGUAAAUGUUAAUUCACAGAACGAAAUAAACGGAUGGACAUGCCUGCACUGGGCAUGCAAGAGGAACCAUAAGCACAUAGUGUCCUACUUACUCAGUUGCGGAGCAGACAAAGAAAUCCUCACGGCUAAGGAUGAGCUGGCCUCACAACUCACAUCCAAACCAGAGAUCAAAAGACUAUUAGGAGUUGAGGUGGAGGAAGUGCCUGAAGUCAAGGAGCCUGAGUUACCAAUCAUUCCCAACUACCUGUCUAACCCACCCUUCAUGUACUCCAAGAUGGACAACAAGUCAGAGGUCAUCCUAGCACAGCAAAUUACACAGAAUGGCUCUGGAGAACACACUGAGGACACACACAGUGAUUCAGCUUCCCUUUCUCCAACUCAUGAGCCUCAGAAAUCACAGAGCCUAGUCUCAGAUGGCCCAACUCCUCCCUCAAACACCACCACCCACAAUCAAGCCCCAGCUGGGGAAUUCAUUUCUGUGACUGAGCAAAAUGGUGUGUCACCCAGCCCGCCCUCAUCCCACAACCACACCGUUGUUAACUGCACAGUACCCAUGGACCUAUCAGUUGAACCGCACCUUGUCAACCAUACUGACUACCCGCAUGCGGUGGCGCACAAUGGGACCAUGUGCUCAUCUCCGUUGGCCUCACCCAGCCCCAGCUUGGCCAGCAACAGUGGGAGCCAGGUCCAGGCGCCGGUGGCCAGCGCUAACCCAACUAUGAGCAGGCAGCAGUCUGUCCCACAGCAGCUGAGCUACGGCCAGGCCGGUGGGCCUAUGCCAGCUUUCCAGCCUUUCUUCUUCACAAGCACCUUCCCUGUCAAUGUACAAGAGUUGGUAUUAAAGGUGCGUAUUCAGAACCCCAACGCACGGGAGAAUGACUUCAUUGAGGUGGAGCUGGACCGCCAGGAGCUCACCUACCGCUCCCUUCUGAGGGUCUGUUGCCGCGAGUUAGACAUCAGCGCUGAGCACGUGGAGAAGAUCCGCAAGCUGCCAAACACCAUGUUGAGAAAGGACAAGGACGUGGCUCGGCUGCAGGACUUUCAGGAGUUGGAGGUUGUGUUGGAGAAAGCAGAGGGCCUGUCCCUUUUCUCUGGGACCGGGGGCCUGACAGACAGACCCUGCUACAACAUGAAAGCCUCUCGCCUCACUUACUAGAGCUACCGCGUAGCCCCUGAGGUCUCCCCGCUUAUGAUGGGCUUCUGUAGCUACCCUCAAGCAACAAUAACUAGUUGCCUGCCCAGGUCCCUUGUUACAGCUUUGUUUGGCUUCAGUGUUUCCCCAGUUUCCUAACUGGGAUUUCUGUUUCUUUCAAGUUCUGUAGCUAUUGUCCUCCUCCUGUCCUCCUCUGGCCCUCCUGCCGCUUUAGUGUACCCAACCGGUUCUAAGCGAUUACUGAUGCAUGGUGUACUCGAUUAUGUGCGAAAGUAUUUGGGCCCCUCUCUUCUCUCUUUAUCUCUUUCUCUCCUCCCACUGCACUUUGUGCCAAGGCUCUUGUGGGACAACAGAGGGGGACAUUGGCCUGUCUUCCUUAUGGAAUGGACUUGAAUGGGAUUCUGCAAUAGCCUUAUAUGGACACAUCCCUAUAGUGGCUGUGAACUAUGGUCACAGAGUAGAAUGGUCUGAUGAGACCGGGAGCAGAGGACGACAGGAAGGAUUUACAUAACUCGUACUGAUAAGAUCCUCAUCAGUCCACAGAACAGGACAAGUUGCAGCACAGUGGACUUGCACACGGCAACUUGAAUUUCUAACAAAUUGACCUAUAGAAUUAUCAGAUAUUCUAGUUGGAGUACACUUUCAUAAAUGCUGUAGGCAUAAAGCUGCAUCUUUUCCUGCAGAGGGCAUCCAUUACUGACCUAAUCAUUAACGUGGAGGUAAUCUCACACCAGGUGAGAUUUAGGUAACUGUGGACUGAAAUAGUUUUUUUAUUUGCUGACCACACAUACAGUAGGCUUUAAUCUGUAUCCACACAAAGAUGGAUACAUGUGAGUAGGAGUACUGAUUUCCCCUACAGGUUUAGGUCAUUCGUACACUGUGGAAAAGUAAUAACUAGUUUUGUUUGAAUUGUUCUCUUUUGUGUCUUUUCACGUAAGACAAAACCUUCAUGUAUAUCGCAGAGAUAAACAUGCAGCAACUUGAAACAGAACUAACUUUUUUUUAAUUAUUAUUAUUUUCUACGACACAUUACCACUUCUGCUUUGCAGGGUGUGUUACUCAAGUCAGUCAGCAUAACACUUUGUCAACUGUGAAGUAUUUAUUUUUCAUUUUUGAGUCAUAAUGAUUCUUACUAGUAAAGCGAGGCAGUGCAUUUGCGCUCGAGAGUAACAAGGCUCAAGUCCCAGCAAAGGUUGCGAAUGAGGCUCACACUUAAUUUAUCAUAUAAAUUAAGCCCUCUGUUGGAUUUUUUUCUGUUGGCUGUCUUUCUGUGUAACUGUAAUUAGAAUCAAAACCAAAAACUAAUCUAGCCAGCAAAGAUACUAACUGCAGAAAAAAACUAUCACUGCUUCAGGAAAGAAUGCAGCCUUGUUAGAUAAUUUUUUUUCCCCAAGUGAAGAGGAAAGAAAUAAGAUAUAGCAAAGGAUUGUUGGUUUUAUGAUUGAGUGCUUCCUUGUUCCUCCAACACUAAUCCAAAUUAUUACUUUUUUCCUGAUAUGUUCAUCACUGUUGCACUAUGUCACCACAGUUUAAAUCUAGGCUGUGUUCUUUGGUGACUAGAUUUGCAACACAGAAUAACUAUAUAUAUAUAUAUGGCUUCAGUUCGGUUGUCAAGGCCAGUCUAGUUCUAAUAAGUAAUUUGUUAUUAAAAUAACAUUACAAUAACAUUAAUUUUGAGUUCUGUCAGUGUUCUCUGUUUGGUACCUUAAUUAGAGGUGUUACUGUCCAUCUUAAAUGGAGACUGACAACAUGAUGAUUUACGCUAAUGACAAGAAAAAAAAACAUUAUUCUACUAUAUAUUGAGAAUUUAACGGAGUCAUGUCGGGUGAAGAGGACACGGCUGUAUUGUGUCAGACGGUAAUGUAGUCUAUGCUGCUUUCAUCAACACAUUAUAUUCCUUUAAUUCUCAUUGCUGGGUCUCAUUUGUUUUAAGCAGGCGCUCACUACACGUCCUACAAUCAAAACGUUUCUUACCCAGUGGUAACUGUUUACUGUUCAAAUGUAUACCUGAGGCUCUUACUGUAUUUGUAUGUUUUAUGAUAUAUUUUUUAUUAAUUUGUAUAAUUUUUUUAACCAGCUAGGCCUGUUGUGUUUUGUGUCAAAAAGUCUUACUAUCGUGAAAGCAAGAAUUCAACAAUGGGAUGAAAAGCGCUGGGAUGCCGUUGUUGAAGCCAAGUGCAAUGUGGGGUGUGUGUGUGGGGGGUUUGCUGUGAGAAGAAAGGACUACCAAGAGUGCUUAUUUUAUGUUCCCAACUAUGUUAAAUGCUUUAUUAAGUGAAGUUGUGCCACAUGUGUGAGGUGGCAGGAGCGUGGUGGUCUGGUGCCCUGGGUGAGCGAGAGCAGCAUGUUUGAAAUGGGUUUUUAUAGGAUCUUUGAUUCUGUGGAAAGGAGAUGACUAACAUUGUAUUUGUGGGGUUGCUUACUGUUCUAGAAAAAAGCAGAAUACAGUUUGACUUAACCUAUGCAUUCAGAGUCUGAUAUUUUUAUAUACAGUACGUCCUGUGUACUUGUAGAAAUAAUCUUAGGCACUGUUUUAAGUUGUGUGUUUUCGUUUCUGGAGACCUGUAUCUGUUCUUUGAUAAAGCAUGGUGAAUUA